AUGGCGGAAUCUUCGUACAUUCCAAUGAAUGACUUGAAGAACAGGCUACGAUCACCUCGGGCAUCUCAUUCUAUGAAGAACGCUCCGUUAGCUUCAGAGUUGUCACUCGAAUACGACGACUCUCCCGAUGGGAGGGUAGCUGAAUCCCUCACCCCUCUACGACCUCUACGUCCUCAUAUUUAUCAUCAGCACCACUCUCCGAAUGCACGCAAGUCAUUUUGGCUGAGCUUCUAUAAUGCUUGCAAGAGCUUGCUCUUCCCAAUGGUAGCCAUAGGGUAUCUGGCAUUUUGUUACACUGUUCAUAAUCACAGUGUGCCAUUGAACACCCACGGUCUCAUAGACACUACGCCUGCCAAUCUCAUUGCCAUCAAGGGCGCAAUCACAUCUAUCAGCAUCAUUAUCAUCACAAUUGCGUUGUACCCACUCAACAGUAUGCUGUCGGACUUGAGGAGUGAAGAAUUCUUUCGAGUCCUUUCGUCUCGGCCUCACAGGGUUCCCUUAUCUACUGUGAACAGCAUAUCUAGUCCAUCAUUUGGAUACAUUAGCACCAUCAAAGCGAUGAUAGGACGCAAUUGCUCGCGGUACUUUGUUGCUUGCACAACAGCGUCAAUUAUGGUUCUAGUUGUUUCGACUUUGGCACCUGCUACGUUGUCAAUACAAAGUGUUCUUGCGGAUGGCGAUAUCAUGGCAUUUGCUGUUGCCGCUGUGCCAGCGCAAAGCGUUUGGAAUGGUUCGACUAACUACUUGAACUCUUCUGGCCUUUAUGCAAGUAACAACGCUCCGCGUGCUGCCUAUCUGCUUUGGGCGGAAAUGAUGCUCAACGUGCGAUACUCUUUCUCCACGGCCAACAGCUCCGACUCGGAUAUCGCAGCAUACAUAGUGCCAGCUCCCGUUGACCUUUCCACGACAACGAGUUCGAGGUGGCUUACUGAUGUUAUCGGUAUCAACCCGUCUUGCGCAUGGUCAUCAACAAACAUAACAGGGACUGUGGAUAUGAGCUCCAAUGACACAGAGGUUGUACUGGGCGUCAAUCUACAGGACGCAGAUUUAGAUGUGUCUAUCAUUGCUGACUCGUCAUUCUCAGCGUAUAUUAUUGAUCCAACAUCAUCUGUUUUAAAUCAUAGUACGCUUGAGCCACCAACCGACGGGUCCACUGUGUUUCAAAUCAGCCAAUGCGUGGCAGGCUGUGACAUGACCGUCUCCGUAUCCAGCCUGAGCGAGGCGUGGUUGAACUUCACUGGUUUGCCAAGUUUCCAAUAUCAGCAGGAUGGGGCAUUUUUCGAAGUAGCCUUCCUUGUAUGCAAGCCAAAUGUACAGAUUACGACGCGGGAAGUCCGCAAUAACGGAUUGGGCAUGCUCAGCGUUCAACCCAGCCCGAAUGGCGUUAACUACAAGACGCAAGGGAAUCUUCAUCCCAGACAAACGCCUGCUCUACUUUCAUUCGCGAUGAUGGACUUCAGCGCUAACGCAGGACCCUUUGUCGACCUUGUUCGUGACCCCUACGGAAAUCUAGGGACGGUUGCCCAGCGAUAUUUUCUCUUUGGCAGAGAGAAAAUUGACAAUCUCCCAAGCGCAGGUUCAAUCGUGAACCUCACGGUACUGUCAACUGCAAAUUUAUCAGCGACCUUCACCACGAUGUUGCAGUCAUCAUCAAAAGCGUAUUUGACAGGAUACCUAGGUACUGCGUACGUACCUGGAAGAUUGUCAACUCCCGAGGUUGUCUUUGCAACAUCUAUGCCUCAUCUUGCCGUAUCUACCGCCAUCUUCAUGCUGCUUUUCAUCAUGACCGUCGUCACCCAUUUCAGGCGAGGCAAAGGUGGAGAAUUGACGCUUAUCAAUAUCGGUGCCGCUCUGUACGGCUCGGAACUCCCGACACAAAUCUCCCAGACGAAAGCUGAUUUAAGCGAAGGGUCGCGUCCAUUGCUGGACAGGAAGAGCGUGCGGGAAGAUGUGGCGGAGAUGAUCGGCGACCGGAGCAUAUUCAUGCAACAGCGUGCUGAUGGCUCUGGUGUUCUGCGCAUUACUUGA